AUGCAAAGACGCCAUAAAUUGAUCACAAAUGCAAGUAUAUCGCAUAUUAAUCUGAGCCGCCGCCGGAAACCCCGGCGGAGGCAAUCACCAAGUAGGUCGAUGUGUGCCGUUUCAUGGGCGUCAAAACACUCCAGAGAUGUCCAAGAGCUGUCGGAGCAGGUUGAAGAAGUGGCGGAGGAGGGCGAAAGCGAAGAAGCAGACCUAGACACCAAAGCUGCCCACGAGAAGCGCCAGGAGAAAUUCGAAAAGUUGUACCAAAACGCUCUUCAAAAUGGGCUGGAGGAGGCCAAGAAGGAGUACAAAGAAUUCGAACAUGGAGCAGUGGAAGGACUAGACCUCGUCGGACUCGCGUCGGAGCACCUGAAACAGUUCUGGUACAUCGGACAGUGCAGGCGCAAUUACUCCCUGCCGUGCCCGAACGAAUGGUCGUGGGACGACUCGGAAAAGGUUUGCACCGCACCCGCCGACUACGACGGACCCUGUGAGAAGCGCAAAAGCUUCGACGAUAUGGACAGCAAGGCGCGUGAGGACUACGCAUGGCGCUGCCAUGCGAGCUGGCCCUGCAUGAACGAUACGCCGAUCGACGACUCAAAGCUGUGCCCAUUGGAGUGGACCAAAGUCGCCUCCACUGUCUGCAUAGCCCCGACUAGUUACGAUGGAGUGUGCUCCCCAAUCGCAUCCUUUCAAGGCCUCAGCGUGCUGGAGAAACUGAAGCUCGAGCACCUCUGCAGCAUCAGGUGGCCCCGUCUCACGCCCGAAUAUGCAAACCAGUCCGAUAUCGGAGCUACUGCGGGCUACGCAGCAGCCGGCAGCUCCAGCUGGCCGAGCGGAACCAUCGACGAAACAGGCGCCAUGGUGCCACUUGACUCCUGA